AUGCUUGUCGUUAUGCGCGGCGCUCGUCCCGCAGGUGGCAAGAAGGGAGCAGUGCGGUCGUGGGGAUUCACGGAGACGGAGCUACUGAGCGCGCAGGCCGGCGGCGAGGGGGACGGCGAGCUGGACGGCAAGGAGAGAGACGGCAUCGUGACGCGGCGGCUGCUCAUUGGUGCCGGCCUCGCUGUGCUCGCACUUCCUGUCGCUCUGUACGACAUUCCGCUCACAGUGGCCCCUCCCACCAAGCCUCUCUUCUUCUACGUCGUGCCACUUGUCCGCCUGCAAUUGGCUCUCCAGGCCAUCGUUUCACAAGCAGACUCGCUUGAUGUUGUGUCUCUGCGCUCGCAGCUGCGCUUUGCAGUGGGCACUGUCGACACCGUCAGGGAAAAUCUUGUUAGCACCACUGUCCUUCUAGAGGACAAGUCACAGCAGCCAGCAAAAGAACUCGCGUUUGAGAUCAUAGACUACCUGCAGCAGGUGUGUGUUCAGAAUCUCACUCUCACCUCCGCACUCCCUUACUGCGAUGCAAACUCACUCUUCCCAGACACCUAUCAAUCUUUUUACAGUGAAAGGCCCUCCCUCUCUAACCUUCAUUGGUUGUGUCCUAUGUUGCAUGCGUGCUCCUGA